AUGGACCUAGAGGCCAGUGAAGCCUUCGACAUUCGUUCCGAAGUCCUACAAUCCACUCUUGCCGAGAUCGAGAUAGGGAACUCAUCAAGCAAAAGUAGCCCCGCCAGCACUGAAGAAUGCUGCGUCAUCUGCCUUGAUCAGGUCCACGAACCUUGCGAGGCCAGGCCUUGUGGGCAUAAAAACUUCGACUUUCUAUGUCUACUUAACUGGCUGGAAAAGAAAGCAAAAUGUCCUUUGUGCAAAGCUGAUAUCACGAAGGUCCGCUACGGCUUUGAAGAACGGCAGAACCAUUUACUCAAGAAGUGGAAAACCUAUGCCGUCCCGGAGCCCCACUCCUAUGCCCGAUUCCCUUCGGCACAAAAUGGAAGUCUCCUAUCGCGAAGCCAUCCCCGGCGGCAAGCUUCUGAAUCACGCGCCCUCGAAACCGCUCGAGAAAAUGAUGCGAUACGUUGGCGUCGUGAAGUAUACGUCGAUCAGCUCUAUUCGCUGCACGUAGGAUCGAACCAGUUCUCUCGAUAUAGGGAGCUGUCCCCACAACAGUUCCAGAGCGACACAGCCCUCGUAUCUCGUGCCCGUAUGUGGCUUCGAAGAGAGCUCAAGGUCUUCCGAUUUCUGCAUACGCCGUCCGCGCCUCAAAACAGCCACAAUUCUACGGACAGACGACGUGCCGAGAACCCUGAGUUCCUGCUUGAGUACAUUAUCGCCAUCUUGAAACAUAUGGACAUUCAGGGGAGUCAGGGCCAAGCAGAAGAGUUGAUACAGGAGUUUCUGGGGUGCACUAACACUCGGCUCUUGCUGCAUGAACUCAAAAACUUCCUUAGAAGCCCGUACACUUCGUUGGAGGAAUGGGACCGCAAUGUCCAAUAUGACGAAUCCAGGAAGCGACGAGCUGCCCUCGAGAAGGAUGUGACAACAUCAACGAGACUACCGUUGAGCCAACGGCGCAACAGCGGCGCUUGGGAUGCAGACUCGUACUAG